CAGAAAAUAUACUGCAAAAGUUCGUUCAAGAAUGGAACCAGUCCCAACUGCUCCAAUGGAGGAUGAAAAUUCAGGUGUUGCAAAUGCUGAUGAAUUCGAACCUGGUAAAAGAAGUAGAGGUGGUCGUGGUGGAAGAAGAAGAAAAACAAAAGCAGCCCCGAGAUCAAAUACAAUUUCUUCAUAUUCAUCUGAUCAAAUAGAGGCAGAAGUUGCUCAAUUACAAGUUAAUGGGUUUAAAGUUUUCCCAACAAAGACAACACAUGAAACAUUACUUUGGUUAAAAUCAUUCACAUAUACAAUAUCAUCAGCAAGAUAUGAUAAAGUGGAGAGAAAUCCAGAUUUAGCAAAUAUCGGUACAAUAAAAUCAGGUGUUAAUACUCAUGAUACUUAUUUGAAAAUGUUGUUACAGUUUAAAUUCAUGACUGAAGUUAAAGCUAAUAGAAUUAUUGAUGAAUUACCAACAUUAUUACAUCUAUAUAAUGCAGUGAAUCAAAAUAGAUUACCAACUGGUCCUGAUGGGAAACCUUUAAUGAUGAGUAAUAUCCAAUCAUCAAUUAUGAAGUUGUUUUCUACAAUGAAUGAUUCUGAAUUAUUAGAAAGGUGAAUAUAAUUUAUUUCCUUCUUGAUUGUUUGAUGAAUUGUAGUUUAUUAAACGA